UGGCCGCCGUGUCUGUAUGUUUUUGUUCAAGCCCAAAAGGCGUUCUCCUGUCUCAGGAUGUUGCCCUUAAAACCCAAGAAGUUGGCUUCCUGUGGAGGAAACGAUCAAAGAAUGGAUAAAAGUCGCUCCAGACGCCCCCGUUCCCAGCACUUGUUCAGCGCGGGUCACUCGGCAACAAGGUCUAGGCUGAAGUCGCAGCGUACACUUUUGAAAACGCACUUGAUGGUGAUGUUCUUGCGCCCUGUGCGGCAGGGCUUAUUUGUCCCCUGAUGGAUUAUGGAUGCUUGGAAAAUUGGUUGACGGGCAACCCAAAACCUGAGCCUGGCCUUUCCCAUGGGAACACGCCAUCACGGAGCGUUUGCUCUUGAAUGGCUCGCAGCGCAUCACGUCGAGGCGUCCGGCGUUCGACAUGUCCAACGACAGCUGCGGCCUCCCCUUGGACACGGACGCACUGGGCCUGACUUGCAUCUACGGCCUGGUCUUCACUGUGGGCCUGCCCUGCAAUCUGCUGUCCCUCUGGGGGUUGUACCAUCUGGGCCGCUCCGGUAGCGGCGGCUGCCAGCUGGUCUACAUCCUCAACCUGCUCCUGUCCGACCUCCUGCAGCUGCUCACCCUGCCCCUGUGGAUCCUGUACCUGCAGGACGCCCACCGCUGGCGCUACGGUCAGCUCGCCUGCGAGCUGGUGGGCUACGUGUUCUACGUCAACGUCUACGCCAGUGUCAUGUUCCUGUGUCUGAUAGCGCUGGACCGCUGCCUGGCCAUCGUGUUUCCACUGAGCAGCCGCAGGGUGAGGACGGUCCGGGUGGCCGCCGUGUCAGGCCUGGCGGUGUGGACGCUCACGUUUCUCUUCUGCCUGUUCGGACUCUUGCCAUCCGUUUUUGACUCGGAGCGACUACUGUGUCUAGAGCACUACCCUGUCAGCCCCCGAUAUGCCCACUUCAAGAUCACCACUGUGGCUCUGGGCUUCCUGUUGCCGUGCGCCAUACUGGGCUACACCUCAGCCCACAUCUGGGUCACACUGCGACACUCCCCCUCCCUGUCAGCCCACGAGCGUCGCAAGAUCGUGGGCAUCCUGGUGGUCAUCACGGUCAACUUCAUCGCCGUGUUUGGACCGUACCACCUGGUGGGCGGCUACAGAUUCGUGUCCUUACUGCAGGCCGACGAGCCCUGCACGCUGGAGCGCUCCAUCUUCUUGCUCUACCGCCUAUGCUACGGGCUGACCAGCCUCAACACAAUGCUCGAUCCCCUCUUCUACAUCUUCCUGUGCGCUGAUGCACGGCUGGAGCUGCGAAGGUCGCUGCCCUGCUCCGGGCGAGGCCAAAACGCUGGCAAAGUGACGGCCGGGAGCAGCAGAGCUCACCCGGAUGCACACGAGCAAAGUGGACAAAAUCAUGUUUCCGUUGCCUAAAGGCUUUGCGUCCGGAGAAGAAAGAUUCCAAAAACACCUCUGAAAUUCUAACUGACAUCUUGCAUUCUAUUCAAAAGAAAAAAACAAAACAAAAACAGAACUUUAUUCUACGGUGAGGGUCAAGUAGUAGUACUGCAUGAAGAAAGUACUUUGUGCUGUACUACUACUCCGCCCCGAAGAGAUUUGAUGAUGUCACAUUUAUUUCAGGGCUUUUAAUGGGCCAAAACUAAAGUCGGGAUGAGGUAUUGGUUUAUUUAAUAUGGUGGUUUUUAUUGAUGCCCCAACCCCAAAAUGUAGGUAUGCACUUUUGUUUUUAAUGAUACGACAAGUUAUUUGAAAUUAUUUUGAAAGCCUAAUAGCUAAGGUUAGCAGAUCCUCAGGUGUCAUGUCAACGAAAUACAAUUUGUGGAAAAGUAACAACCAUCACCAACGCAUACCAAUCGACUUUGUUUCAAAAAAACUGUUCAUCUUUUUAUGAGUACUGUCUGAAAAACUCAAUUCAAGGCAUUUUGGAGGAAUAAACGGCAAGAUUAUAGCAACUGAGUGUCAUCGGUGCAGUGAACAAGUACAAUAUUGUACAUCCUGCAAAAAAUUCAAAUGUUGAGAGAAAAUAAAGCAUCCUGGAGUGAA